UUGAAACAUGGAGAGAGAUCAAAUUAAAGAAGUGGAAUCAUCGAACCUAGAGCGCCGUCUACUUGUACUGUAUGCCUGGGUCAACAGGAUGGCAAAAUCAGAGGUCAUUGUACAUUGGGAUUUCUCCAAGCUGACCAUAGUCACAGGGGUGACGGAAUUGCCAGGAGAAGAUCGGGGUCGACCAGCACUGUGCUCUGGGAGAUGUCUGUGGACCAACCAGAGGUAUACCCUCAUGUUCGGUCACCUAAUAGGCAUGAAUGUCUGCCUGGACAGUGCGAUGUACCUGGCAGGAUGCACUUUCAUGAAUGGAUAUAGGCUCGCAUGGACGCGUCAGGCGAGCCUAAACGGACUUGCCCCGCUCGCGGUAUACCAUGUUGCCAGGCGGCUUUCGAUCCGUAAUGGACAGCAUGGAUAUGGACGCACGGGGCGUUGCGAACACCGAGGUACAGACCAAAAGCGUGCUAAUCAUGAAUGCACAACUCGGCCUAUCUGAGUUGCAUCAACAAGGAAGUUCUCAGCUAUUUGUUGCGACCGGAUGUGGGUGUUCAUCGGCCCAUCCCGUAUACCCAGAAGCUGGAAGGCUUCGGGACAAAAUUGUACUACCAAACGCGGUCAGUUCAUGAGGACAAACAGGAUAUACACGAAUCAGCGCGACUCAGACACUGGUAUCUGUCAAUUGUACCCGGAUUGAGUUGAUAGUGCUCGAUGAGCCGUGAAUGACGCAUCCCUCAAAGUGGAGUUUGUCGAUAAUAUCAUCAUGGAUGAUGUAUGUGCAGUAGUGUACUAACAUGUAGGGUAAAUAGUCGAUAAGCGACUCGCAGUAUGGAAAGAAGAGGUUCUUUUUAUGGUAUGGUAGGAGGGGUAAAGGUAAGCACAGUGGUGGUACGGGCAGGGCAGGGCAGUACAUGUCUAAAGUCCGACAUGCUUAACUUAG